AUGGGGGACUAUGUGCAUUUCGACAAUGGAGCCUGUGAUGAAUCUGACUCUGAGCUGAGGAUUGUUCUCCUGGGUAAAAGUGGAGCUGGAAAGAGUGCCACUGGAAACACCAUCCUGGGUAAAAACGUCUUUACGUUUGGGUGUUCGUCUUCAGCGAUCACGGAAAAGUGCAGGAAAGGGAGUCAGGACCACGGAGGAAGAACCGUUACCGUGAUAGACACCCCCGGAGUCUUCGGAACUCCAAAAGCCCCAAACGCUAAAAAAGCCCCAAACGCUAAAAAAGAAUCGACCAAAGACAACUCCAACAAAGAGACCGGCCUGCAAAUUAAAGACUGCAUCCGCAAGUCUCUUCCUGGACCUCACGCGUUCCUGCUGGUGAUCAGCCUCGGCGUGAGAUUCACCCCAGAGGAGAAGAACGCUGUGAGGUGGAUUCAGGAGAACUUUGGAGAAGAAGCUUCGCUUUACACUGUCGUUCUCUUUACUCACGCCGAUCAGCUGAAGGGGAAACCUCUGGAUGAGUACGUGGGUGAAAGCACGGAUCUCCUGCAGUGCGUGGACGGCUGCGGGGGUCGAUACCACGGACUCAACAACGAGGACCCUGCUGACCGAGCUCAGGUCACGGGGCUGCUGGAGAAGAUCGACGCAAUGGUGAAGAGGAACAAAGGAAAGCACUACACGAACGAGAUGUUUCAGAAGAUCCAGAGGAAGAUUCAGAGGAAGAAAGUGCUUAAAGACGCCACUCUGGGAACAGCGAUGGUUGUAGGAGGAGCUGGAGCCCUGGCUGGAGGUGUGUUACUUGCUACCGAAGCUGCGAUUCUGCUGCCAGCUGCAGCCGUGGCCGCCGGUACCGCGACGGCUAUAGGAACAGGGGCUAAGAUGAUUUACGAUAAAUGUAACAAGUAUAAAAUUAGAGAAUUUUACCUGCUGUCCAUUCUGUCCAUGGAAGUUUCUGUAGGUACAUGUUCUCCAGUGGAUGAACCAUGUCCCUCUGAUGUGAGGAUCAUCCUCCUUGGAAAAACUGGAUCAGGAAAGAGUUCUACAGGAAACACCAUCCUCUGCAAAGAGGCGUUUGAAGACGGCAUUUCCCCCGAAUCCAUGACAGUAGAUUUUAAACAGGAAGUUGUGAACAGAGGAGGAACCAAUCUCACAGUGAUCGACACUCCUGGUAUCUUCGAUACAUCACAAACUAACGAAGAACUCAAGAUUAAGUUUGAGAAAUGCGUCAAAACCAGUGGUUCUGGACCCUGUGUCUUCUUACUGGUCAUCAGUUUGGCCUCAAGAUUCUCAAAGGAAGACCAAGAAGUCUUGAAGUGGAUUCUGGAGAACUUUGGCGCUAAAAUUUCGCUCUUUACCAUCGUUCUGUUCACCCACGCCGAUCAGCUGAAGGAUAAAACCGUGGAGGAUUACAUCGCAGAAAGUUUAGACCUUCGCAAAGUUCUAGAUAAGUGUGGAGGGAGAUUUCACACGUUGGAUAAUAAAACCAAAACCAGCAACUCUCAACUCCCAGAGCUGAUGAAGAAGAUCUAUCUGCUGGUGAACAGGAAUGGGAAACAUGUCUAUAACCUAGAGCUCUUCCAGGAGGCUCAACAUGAAUCCAGAGAGAAGGACGAGAAACAGAGGAGAGAGGAGGAAGAAAGAUCUGGUAUCGUUGGAUGGAUUAGAAGAGCAAUGGAGAAUCCAAGGCAGUUGGUUGAAGAUCGAGUCGGUUCAUCUCUUUCUAGAGUCGGGUUAGGAACUGCAGCAGCAGGAGUUGGAGGCGUCGUCUUAAUGGGAACUUUAGGAUAUACUCUGUUUUUGGGAGUAUUGGCAGUAUUUUCUGUGAAACUCUAUAAAUUUAUAAGACGGAUUUGAAGGUUAAGUAAACAGAAGGAAUUCGGUAUAUAUA